AUGGUGCAACCAAUAUCUCACGGUAGGAGACGUGACAAGCCUAUCUUGAGCUGCGCUUUUUGCAGAGGACGCAAGCUUCGUUGCGAUAGGCAGUCUCCCUGUGCUGCUUGCGUGCGGCGUGAUAAGCCUGAGGAAUGUAUCUACAGCUGCUCAGAGCAAGAGCGAAAAGAUGCUGUCGACUACAGACCUCGUACUAGAGGCCAGCAGACGCGUCAGAGAAUUACUCGCCUUGAAAAUCUAGUUAUUGAGAUGGCGCAGAAUUCAUGUCAACCAUCAAGCAGCAGUGUGACGCCAAGCGGGGCCCUCAAUGAUACCAGCCCACAGCAUCAAGAUGGUAAUAUAAUAGAUGAUAUGGGGAAAUUGAGUCUCACCGAUAGUCAUGCAAUCUACACUGGUAGCUCCCACUGGGUUACGAUCUUAGACGACAUCCGGCAUCUCAAAGACGAGCUCUCGGAGGAGUACCCAGAAGAGUACUUCGAGAGUAAUAUGAACCCCGAGCAGACUCUGUUUGAUGCUGGAUUGGUGCAGGGGUUGCCUACCACGAAAUCCUCUCUCCUCAGCAGUGCGCCUUGUCUUCCGAGAGAGCAAAUUCUAGCUAUGAUGCCUCCACGGAAAGUGGUUGAUAGACACGUAUCUCACUUCUUCAAUGAUUAUGAGAUGGGACCUUUUCUCCUACACCGAAACACAUUCCUCGCAGAGUAUGAGACCUUCUGGGGUAACCCUACUACUACCCCUAUUAUGUGGAUAGGGCUUUUGUUUAGUGAUGUCAUGGGCAUAUCUGCCUUCUUACAGCAGCAGGACGCGAGAUCCCACGGCUUAUCCGCCGUCGAGGUACAAAACAUGUUGGAGACCUAUCGACGCCUUACCACCCAUUGCUUGACCACUGGGGAUUAUCUCCGUCCUGGUAAGUACACCAUAGAAACUCUGACUUUAUACUAUUUUGUCGAACGGAACGUGAACAUCGACACAUCUGUAAGCAAUUGGAUUCUCAUCGGUGUCAUCAUACGGAUUGCGUUACGUAUGGGGCUUCACCGCGAUCCCUCCCACUGGCCGAACAUUCGACCCUUGCAGGCAGAACAUCGGCGACGGCUCUGGACCGUCCUGUACCAGAUGGACUUCUUUUCGAGCACGCAAGUGGGAUUGCCACGUAUUAUAAAGGAUUGCCAAUGCGACACGCGUCUGCCCGCCCACUUGUUCAGCUAUGACAUAGGCGUCGAGCAUGACGAAAUCCCACCUGAGAGAUCAUUGACGGAAUCUACUGCGCUCCUAUACAUUAUACAGAGAGACAGAAUUAUCAGAGUAACAGCGGAGAUAUACGACGUAAUUGAGGCAGGGCCACCAUCACCAUCUACCAUUGCUACGUUGAACUCCAAACUUCAAAGGGUCAUCGAUGCCAUACCUGCAUGGCUCAAAUAUAAACCACUCGAAAUCUCAAUCGCGGAUAAUCCUCUUGCGAUACUGCACGGGAUGUUCAUGGAUGUCCUUAUACAGAAAGCUGUUUAUCUCCUCCAUCGGUGGAGCUUUAUGAAAGGAUCUUCUGGGGAAGAAAACGCGAAGUCUAACGACAUCUGCAUCGAUGCUGCACUUGCAAUACUAGAGCAUCAGAGAAGAAUGAGCGAAGAGGUUCAACCUGGGGGCAUUCUAUUUAAUAUUCGCUGGAAGGUGCCUAUAUCCCUUAAUUACGAAUUCCUACAGUCUACGAUGAUGUUGUGCUUCGCGUUGAGCAGAUUUGACGAUGGACACAUCGGUGCGAGAGAUUCAUACGCUCUACAUAGACGACAUGACAUCGUCGAGGCUUUGACUUUUGCAAAAGCUCUGUGGGAGAAGGAUGCGGACCAACUUACGGAAGCGCGAAGAGCAGCCAAAGCCAUCGCAGUUGUGUUGCGGCAAGAUUUGGACAGAUCGGGUGCGUCAACAUUGGCAACCCUGGAUGGGUUCCUUGAUCAGAUACCAGGAGAAGCUGCGCAAAACUAUUUCGAUAGUUUUAACUAUGAGCAAACCAUGGCUUUGGAUCCUCCAUUCUUCGCGGUUGAAACUGGAAACAUACUGGAAGACUUCGUACCAGAGCAAAAUCACCCCUAA